UUAUGGUUUACUGGAAGACAGUAUCUGACAUUUGCCUUGUUACUCUCACUUUUGCUGUUUUAGCAAACUACUUGAUUCAACGAACUGAGUAUUUCGAGUCAUAUAUUGAUUAUAAAAUGAGUAAAUGUUUGACGAAUGAUGCAAAAAUAGAACAACUGGAAAAAUGGGAUGCUAACAAUAAAUAUGAAGCUGCACCUCUGAGAAGUCAAGCAUCAUGGAAUUUAUAUUGGUUCAUGUACCGUGAACGAACAUAUCAAAAAUUUCAGCACAUUUUCCAUUGUGAUUAUGUGCCUCCACAUUUGAGAUAUAAAAAAAUAGUGCUGACAGAAGGUGGAAAAUAUUUGACCUUUUCUUAAAAUUUCUUUAUUGUAAAUUUGUAAUGUCAUUUUUUAAAUAAUUUUCAAACUUAUGGGUACUUUUUUAUUGAAGUGCUGAAUUUCAAAAUAUUGUUUUUGAAAUAAUCGAAUAAAUAACUUCAUCGCUUAAA